AUAUUUUAUUUCCUUUAUUCUAUAAUAUAAAUUUAUUGGUUGUGAGUGUUUCGCUCACAACAAGAAAAAUAUUUCUUUUUUCUGCCCAUUUCCAAAUUUUUUGGGCUAGGAUAUGAUAUUUUGAAUGCCUAACUCCUCCCAUCUUGUUGAUGUACGAAAUUGCCGUAGUGUUAUCUAUUCUCAGAAGGAUUUGACAAUUUUUUAAAUUUGAAGCUAAUUUAUUUAAGGCAAAGUCUACCGUUAGUAACUCUAAAUAGUUUAUAUGCAUUUUCUUCAAAUUUUUAUCCCAAAAUCCAUGCGUCCUUUCAUUAUCUCUGACCGCUCCCCAACCAAUUGUAGAGGCGUCUGUGUAAAUUAUUGUCUCGAAAUCUCCUGAUUUGAUAUGCUUAACUCUCUCUUUUAAUGCAGAACGCCACCAAUUUAGAUCUGGUAUGACGGACUUAGGGAUUGUCAUUGUUUCGUCGUAGUUAUAGUCGUUAAUAAUGAGGGCAAUUAAUUUUUCUCUUUCUAAUAUUUUUGUAUAUAAAUAACCGUAUUCUAUAGCUGGGUAGGCUGCAAUCAAUUUUCCGAUUAUCUGUGCAAAUUCUUAAAUUGAACAGGUUGUUUUGGAUUUAAAUUUAUUUAACAUAUUCGUCAAUUCGCCUCUCUUAUCGCUUGUUAAUUCUAUGCAGUAUUUGACAGAAUCAAUGACAAAGCCUAGAAAUUUACAUCUUGUGGAUGGUCUUGUACAGCUUUUUCUUUUAUUUAUUAAGAAACCUAAACGUAGUAAUAAUUUUUUAGUUUCAGAAACAUUGCUUUCACAUUUUUCUACGCUAUUCUCUAUACAUAGAAUAUCGUCUAAAUAUAUAACUGACGAAAACCCUUUGCUUCUGAGAGUUUUAAUCACUGGUUUUAGUAUUUUGGUGAAAAUAAAUGGACUUGUACAUAGACCGAAUGGCAAACAGACAAACUCAAAGGUUGAGUCUAAGAAUUGAAAUCUCAAGUAUUUCCAACUAUCUCUGUGAAUAGGUGCUGUAUAGUACGCUUCUUCCAGAUCUAGUGAGGCCAUAAAAUAUCCUGGAAAGAUCAAUUUUGCUGCCGUACGCAAGUCUUCUAGUUUAAAGUGACUAGUAAUAAUGAAUUCAUUUAAGUUUUUUAGAUUUAGUAUGAAUCUAUAAGAUCCAUCUGGCUUCUUUAUUAAAAAAUACAGGGAUAAAAAUUGAUCUUUCUGUGGUGUACAUCUUUAAAUUGCCUUUUUCUUUAAUAAUGACUGAAUAGCUUGUUCAUAAUUUUUAAUUUCUGUUUGCGAAUUAAAUUUUGGAUCCGGAUAGUGGUUCUGAAAAACUUUAGUAUGCAAUCUAAUUUUAUAACCUUGUACACAAUUUAAUAUAAAUUUAUCUUUCGUUAUCCCGUGCCAUAUCAAAAAAUAGUAUUAGACAUUUCUUCUUAGAUUUUCAUUCUCUAUCGCACAGUGCUAAGCAAAUCCAAUGCUUUUGUAACACCCUGUGUAUAUAGAAUACAAUAUAAUAUAAAAUUACAUAAUUAUAUUUUGUAUGUUAUAUUUUGUAUAUUAUACUGUGAGUCUCAUUCUCGAGAUUACACAUGUAGUUUCCCUUCUUAUCCACUAGGUGCCACACUUUUUAGAGUAAGAAAGAACCGGCGCGGCGCCCCUCCAUCGCGCCAGUCCUCUGCUCUUCAUUCCUUUUUCUUGUGCGCUGGAAGCCACACGAUUGAGUAAGUUACAACGAAUCCUAAGAGGUUAUAUUGUUUCUUAAUACGAAAUUCUCGAAAAUGACAAGCAAACGGAAAGCAGAAGAGAUCGAAUACCUACAGAAAAAAUUGCAAAAAUUACAAAAAAGAAUAGAGCUAAUCCGAGCUGAUUCCGAUAGUUCCGAAUCGGUGAUUUCCGAGGAAGAAGAUCAACGGGAAGAAGAACCUCUCGAAGACGUAAACCAGAGUGAACUUAUACAGAUCGAUCAAGGAAACAACAAAGAUUUAAUAGACAAGGAAAAUACACCAGGAGAAAAGACAGAGGAAAUAAUGAACAAAGAAAUUUUAAAAGUAUUGGGCAAAGAUCCUCAAAAAUCAAAAGCCUUAGAUAUUGAAUUACACGAAUCCUUAAAACUGCGUUGGAAUUACUGGAUCACUCAUGGAAUAGAAAAGAAGCUCAAGGACGAAUUAACAGAAAAAUACGCUAGAUCAACUGAAUUUGAUGCGCCAAAACUAAAUACAGAAAUCGCGGCUUUACUAACCAAAUCGGCUGUCAAAAGAGAUAAUUUCAUGACUGAGAAUCAAAAGUUAGCAGGCUCAGCCUUAACGGCGAUCGGAUCAGCGCUAACAAUAAUCAUAUCAGAGGAAGAUGUUGAUAAGCUAGUCCUUGUACAAAGACUCAACGAAGCAGCAAAACUAAUUAUGGGUAUUCACUAUAACGAAACAGAAUCUCGAAAAGCCUUCAUAUACCCCGGUGUCAAAAUACAAUUUAAAAAUUUAUUGAAAGACACAAAGACAGACAUUACCUUAUUUGGAUCUAAUUUAACAGACAAAAUUAAAGAGUCCAAGAACAUAGAGAAACUAACUCAAAAUAUAAAAAAUCAGCCAACUUCAAAAACCAUACCUCAAUACCAAAAUUUGAAGCAGUAUUUAAACUGGAAAGGUCUGCAGGCGAAGAGACCGCUCACCACUCGUGCAGGCUACCCAAACAAGUCAGGCCAGAACCGUCCCCGUGUGUCAUUCAAGACCAAGGAAGCUGUCAACUCGAGAGCUCAUACUCACCGGAGAUCCAGAACAACGAGCAGAGAAUUGCGCAGAUAGAUGUGGGUAUCGCGGGCCGAUUGAAACACUUUCUACCCGAAUGGCAUGGGAUAACGAAAGAUAAAUUUAUAUUAAAUUGUGUACAAGGUUAUAAAAUUAGAUUGCAUACUAAAGUUUUUCAGAACCACUAUCCGGAUCCAAAAUUUAAUUCGCAAACAGAAAUUAAAAAUUAUGAACAAGCUAUUCAGU